AUGUCUCGUCGGGCCCCGCCCCGCGAGUACUAUGAAGAGGAGGAAUUCGAGGUCGAACGGGAGCGAGAUCGGUAUCCACGAUCACGGAGACGAGAGCCUGAGUUCGAUGAAGAUUUCGACUAUCGUCGACGCAGAUCAAUGCCUCCCGUCGAAGAUCUAGAGCGCAUGCAUAUUCGGGACCGGCCACCACGCGACCUUGUUCGAGAGAGCUUUGCCCCGCCAAGAGACCGAGGUGGUCCCGUGGCGAGAAGAGGGAGAGAUGAGCUAGAUGAACCAGGACCGGGACCGGACCAGGAGGAGUUCCGGGUGCGCUCGUCCCGCCGGCGUGGUAGCCAGAGUCACCGAGCUCGCGAGGUCGUCGAGGAAGAGGAGUCUGAGUUGAUCAUCGGUGAGCGCGAAAGACGUGGCGGUCGACGAUCUCGGAGGCCGCGCGAUCCAGAAGAGGAGGAUAUGAUGAUUCGACACAGAGAACGGGCUAGCGAGGGGGACCUGAGACCGAUGGAGAAAGUGUACGAGGACGAGCGGGAGGAAGUCUACUUUAGACCGUCAUCUAGACCUCGACGUAGAGCGUCGCGGCGCGAGGUCGAAUUCGAGGAACGAAUCGUUGACGACAGAGAACAAGAACGGCCGCGGGGACCACGGCACCGCGGAGAACCGUCAUUCGAAGAAGAACUGGUUAUGCAAUGGAAGGACAGACCAACGCCCCGGGAAGUGGAAGAAGAGGAAGAGAUACGCCUGCGGGAAACGAGACGACGGCGUCGGCCUAGCCAACCAGAGCCAAGAUAUGUGCGGGAGCCACCACCACGAGAGCCGCCUGGUGCAUGGCCUGUUGAGAGGGAGGUUGAAGAAGAGGAAAUUCGCAUCCGCGAACGGAGACGCUCGAGACCGAAGCGCCGGGAAGUCGAGGACGAAGAAGAAAUUGUUCUCCGUCGUGAGGAGCGGGAUCGAGAGCGUGGUAGGGAUAGUGCGGAGAGUGACGAGAUACUUAUUCGAAAGAGUAAACGGAGGACGCCUCCGCGAGAACCGUCACUGUCUCCGGAGCCUAACCGGGCUCCUCCAAUUCACCAGGAUGUUAUUACACAUCAUCGACAUGUUGAUCACGGAUUUGAUAAGGCACGUCCACCACGAGCUCCGAGUCCAGAAGUAACUUCUACGAGAAGUAGCUUUGACGAGAUAGAUAUCCGUCGUAGUAAGAAAGGAAAUCGAGGCCGCAAGUCCGAGGAAGAAAUUGUCUUCAAACAUCGCGACAAAGAGGAAUCCGUGUCACCAACCAGUGGCCCGUCUCUUGAUUUCACCGACCCAUGGAAACCGGACCGUCUCCCUUCACGUCGUAACCGCAAGUCGAGAUCCUUGGACGACGACGAGGACGACGAUAGCGACUCCUCAAUUGCAGGAAGCUCCCAUACUCCUCUGCGUCGGGAUCUCACCCGCGAUAUUGAACUCGAAGCCGAGAUAGAAGAAGAGAUAAAGAUACACAAGGAACGAUCGAAACACCGCUCACAUAUCGAGAAGAUCACCAAAGCGACCGCCGACGAAUGGUCCGUCGUGCAUGCGCCGUCGAAAGAAGACGGGGUCGAAAUGACCGGGGCUCUCGAGGUUGUGGAAGUUGCACCCAAAGGCGCUGUAGAAGAGGAUCUCGAAAUUCGGGCGCGCGUCGAGCAGCAGGUUGUGAAGCAGCGUCGUGAUGAACGUUGGACGGAGAUCACCAAGGAUUUGGUCGUUCGCGACGCUAUCGAACGGUUGGGAUAUGAAUUCGAGGAGACAAGGACAUACUACUAUAUCUUCACAUUUUUGGAACCGGAUGAAAUCGACCACCUUGUCGAACUUUCCGAUGAAAUCCGUCACGCCAGGCGCCGACGCAUCAGGGAGAUGCAACGAGAACGAGCGGAAAAGCCACCACGACCUAUCUACGAGGGAGAUAGAUUGCCUCCUCGUCCGCGGGUGGUGGGAAAGAGGCAUAUAAGGGAGCGAGAGUGGAUUAUCGAUGAGCGGAGGUGA